UUUUUCUUCUGGUUUUUAGGCUAAGUACCCGUCAUCGCCUUCUUUGAAUUCUUCUUUGUUUCAUAUGUUCAUAGAUUUUUAAAGCUUUGAGCUCUCUCAGGGUCUCAUUCAGAAACAAAAUCUCCAUCCCUUCUGUAUUUCAGGUUUUGCUUGUGUUUCAAUAUGGGAAAGGAAUUUCAUGAACAAGAUGAUGAUGAUGUAUUCGAGAGUUAUGAUCAUGAUGAUACAGGUUGCAUGGGGGCCAUAUUUGACUACCAUCAAUGGUAUAAUGUCAAAAAGAUAUUCCCACACAGAAAGUACAACAGAGGAAGACAUGGCAGAUGCUGUGUAAAUCCACGAACUAUUUCCAUGGAACGUGUCAUUGAAACCCAAGGAUUAUUACAUGCUGAGGCUGAUCUCUUGCAAAGUACAAGAAAAACAGGCUCAACCACCAACAGAAGCUCAAAUAAAGCCUCCCUAAAGGCCUCAAAUAAGCAAUGGAUUCCGGGCUUUUCUGCAACACCACAGCCACAUCAUUUUGAGUAUUCAGGUUUCGGUUUUGGUUGGAUUAAUCCAGUUAUUCUCAUUAACAAGAGAGAUCACAUCUCCUAUUCGAGCUCAACUUCGUCUCGGGCUGACACUCUGAGGAGUAAAAGGCAGGAUAUUCAUAACAGAACGAACUCCAGCCAGCAUGGUAAGAAGCUCAGCAAAGAUCUGUUCAUAGGUAUUUCACAUCAUUUCCCAGAAAACAAACUUCCAAGGCAGUAAAACUAAUGAGAUCCAGGUCAUUUCCGGUAUGCGGUUUGCCGUAUCUUCAAUUUAGUACCCUUGACCUUGAGCAUAAGCAGAUAGAAGUUUGGUCAUUGAGACAAGGAGAAAAAUCAGUUGCUGGUACUCAAUCGUCCCAGGGAUCUGAUUCUCGAAGGUGGAAUCACUUCGUUAUGAAUCGACUCAAAUAUUUUAAGCAGAGAAUUAAGCAGACCCUGAAACAAGUUUCCAUAAAAGAUGCCAAUAACAAAUGUCGAAACGAAGAUGGCACUGAUAAUGAAAUCUGCAAUGGUGGACUCAAUAGGAUGAGAAGAGAAAAAUUGAUAAACGAUUCACUAGAUCGAUAUAAGAAAUUGUUUCAGCGUGGUGUAAGCAAAGAGGCUUAUUUGCAUCACUCUAAGAGCUUGAGAUUAAGCAAAGAAGGUCAAGUUCCAUCAAGGGAGCUUCAUGGUCCGGAAAUUUUCAGGAGCAUUUCAUCUCUAUCUGAUAUUUCCUUCCGCUCCCUCCUAUACGCAGUGUCUCGUGAUGCUCUUUCUUUCGGGGUUCCGAUUAGGGGUAUCCUAAAUUAUGAUGCAAACAAGGAAAAGGAUGAACAUAAUGAACCAAAAACAAUCACUGUUCAUGAAGGUAUAGGUGAGUUUGAAUUAGUAGAAGCUGUUAUAGAAGCGGAAUUGCAGGAGAAUAUGAGAGAAGGAAACAACAAUGAUCCAAGUGACUUAAUGGAGAAAAUCAGCUUUCGCCAAGAACAAGAGAGUGCUUUUGGAGACAAUCCAAGCAGAGAGCUCAGUCGACCAACUUCAGAAGGAGAGGCUGAUCCCAGUUACAAUUAUGUCAGAGAUAUUCUUGAGCUAUCAGGCUUCCUACAAAGCAAAUGCCUCCAUUCAUGGUACUCACCAGAUCAACCAUUGAACCCUUCAUUGUUCAAGGAAUUGGAGACAUUUUUGCACCCAGGACUUGAAUGCUCCUCCGUAGAUGAACUCGUAACCAACUGCGGUGAUGAUCACGGGCUGUUUUUCAAUCUAGUUAAUGAAGCUCUCGUUGAGAUCAGUGAAAAAACAUCUAUUUAUUUCCCAAAGCCGUUUAGUUUAAUGUUUCCGGGAAAAAUUGUUCUCCGAGAGGUGUGGAGAAAAGUUAGCAGGAACCUGGCCUUCCAACCGGAACAUGAUCAAUCGUUGGAUGAUAUUGUGGGUCGGAAUUUGGAGAAAGAUGCUUGGAUUAUCUUUCAACCCCAAGCUGAAUCUUUGGCACUUGAGCUUGAAGAUCUGGUUUUCGGUGAACUUUUAGAUGAACUUCUUUGUUUGUAGAUUUUUCUUACACUUGUCUUUUUCUGUUAUAUAUGAAUCCAUGUUCAUAAUAAUAAACAA